GCAAGUGGUACACUUGGGGACUGUCCAGGUCAAACUGCUGUUAAACCAUGGCAAAGUGCUGGAGUGUCACCUCUUUAUUGGCACUAGCACUGCUCGGGUGCUUAGUUGGUACUGAGGUAGAAGCUCAGGCUCCUCAGUAUCCUCAAGUGCCACCGGUCCUUCCACCUGUUCUACCGCCGAAGGUUCCUCAGUAUCCUCAAGUACCACAGGUCCUUCCACCUGUUCUACCGCCGAAGGUUCCUCAGUAUCCUCAGUAUCCUCAAGUGCCACCGGUCCUUCCACCUGCUCUACCGCCGAAGGUUCCUCAGUAUCCUCAGUAUCCUCAGUAUCCUCAGUAUCCUCAAGUGCCACCGGUCCUUCCACCUGCUCUACCGCCGAAGGUUCCUCAGUAUCCUCAAGUACCACCGGUCCUUCCACCUGCUCUACCACCGAAGGUUCCUCAGUAUCCUCAGUAUCCUCAAGUGCCACCGGUCCUUCCACCUGCUCUUCCGCCGAAGGUUCCUCAGUAUCCUCAGUAUCCUCAAGUGCCACCGGUCCUUCCACCUCAUCUACCACCAAAGGUUCCUCAGUAUCCUCAGUAUCCUCAAGUGCCACCGGUCCUUCCACCUCAUCUACCACCAAAGUUUCCUCAGUACGAUCAGGACCAGCAGGUUCCUCAACCUCAGCAACCAAAGUCCCCUGCAGUGCCACAGACACCUUCCGUUUACAAGCCAAGUGCGGCAACGCAAUCUCCUGUCCAGAGUUGUGAGGUGGCAGUAAACGUAAGAAUCCCAUGUGGUGGGGCUGAUGUCUCUGCUGCUGGAUGUGAUGCUUUAAACUGCUGCUUUGAUGGCCGAGGCUGCUACUUUGGAAAGGCAGUGACUGUCCAGUGCACCAAGGAUGCCCAGUUCAUUGUAGUAGUGGCCAGAGAUGCCACUCUGCCCAACAUUGACCUCGACUCAAUCUCACUGUUGGGACAAGGUCAAAGCUGUACACAUGUUGACUCUAAUUCAGAAUUUGCCAUCUACCAGUUUCCUGUUACUGCCUGCAGCUCCGUUGUUAUGGAGGAGCCUGGUGUUAUAAUAUAUCAGAACAGGAUGUCCUCCUCAUAUGAAGUGGGAGUUGGGCCUCUUGGAGCUAUUACCAGGGACAGCCAGUAUGAAUUGCUCUUCCAGUGUAGGUACAUCGGCACUUCUGUUGAAACUCUGGUUGUAGAAGUGUUACCAUUACAAGAUCCUCCACUACCUGUUGCUGCUUUGGGGCCCAUCAGAGUACAACUGAAGUUGGCUAAUGGACAAUGCAAUACAAAGGGUUGUAAUGAAGUGGAUGUGGCCUACAGCUCUUUCUAUACGGAGGCAGACUAUCCUGUGACCAAAGUACUGAGGGACCCUGUGUACGUGCAGGUUCAACUCAUUGAAAAGACAGAUCCCAACCUUAUCCUGACUCUUGGUCGCUGUUGGACAACCACAAGCCCCAACCCUCACAGUCUGCCCCAGUGGGACAUUCUGAUAGACGGGUGUCCAUACAGGGAUGAUCGCUACUUGUCCUCACUGGUUCCAGUCGGUCCCUUCUCUGGUGUGGACUUCCCAAGUCACUACAGGCGUUUCAUUUUCAAAAUGUUUACCUUCGUGGACCCCAAAUCAAUGGAACCCCUGAAGGAACAGGUGUACAUUCACUGCAGUACAGCUGUUUGCUCUGCUGCACUGGGCCGCUCCUGUGAACCAUCAUGCUUCAGAAAAAAGAGAGAUGUCAAGGCUGCGGACCAGAAGACGGAUGAGCCAAAGGUUGUGGUGUCUGUUGGACCAGUGAUCAUGGGCGCCCCUGAGCAGUAAACAGCACAGCGUCGAGCUCAACAAUUUGGCAAAAUACAAUAAACUUUUCUAGAAAUGUUUACUGUAAAUGAUAAAUGGUAGCUAUUCCAUUGUCUUGAUGUGAUCGCAGAAUUAAGUCUUUAGAAAUAUAAAACCGAUCUCAUAAAAUUCAUGUCAUCUUA